GGUAAGAAGAAAUUUGAAACUUAACCCGACAUUUUCAAGCAUUUGCCAUUUGGAGAUUUUGUGCUUUUUAUUUCUCUACGAUUUUGUGAUUUCGUACGUAAUAGAGUAAAGCAAUGGAAAAUGUUAAGAAAGGCAAGAAAAAAGCAAAAGUUAAGUUAUUCGCUAACAAAAAGAAGUCGACUCCCGAGAGUGUCGUUAUAGAGAAAUUAAAGUCUCAGUAUGAUUCGAUUGAUAUUACUAAAUUGUCGAAGUUUACGGACCUUCCUCUUAGCCAGAAAACAAUCAAGGGAUUGCGAGAAUCGAAAUAUUUUAAGUUAACAGACAUUCAGAGGGAAAGUAUACCGUUAGCUCUACAGGGCAAAGAUAUUUUAGGAGCCGCACAAACAGGAUCAGGAAAAACUUUAGCUUUCCUCAUUCCAAUUUUAGAAUGUCUAUAUUGUCAACAAUGGACUAGAAUAGAUGGAUUAGGUGCACUUGUUAUAACUCCAACCAGAGAGCUGGCCUAUCAGAUUUUUGAGACCUUGAGAAAGAUUGGACGGUACCACGAUUUUUCAGCUGGUUUAAUUAUUGGAGGUAAAGAUCUGAAGUUUGAAAGGAAAAGAAUGGACCAGUGCAACGUGGUGAUUUGCACACCGGGACGGUUACUGCAACACAUGGAUGAAAAUCCUCUAUUUGACUGCGUUACAAUGAAAAUUCUUGUACUAGACGAAGCAGAUAGGUGUUUAGAUAUGGGUUUUAAACAAACUAUGAACGCUAUUAUUGCUAACUUACCACCAAAAAGACAAACUUUAUUAUUCUCAGCUACUCAAACAAAAUCAGUACAAGAUUUAGCAAGGUUAAGUCUGAAAGACCCAUCUUAUGUGAGUGUAAAUGAAAUGACAACUCCAAAGGAACUACAGCAAAGUUAUGUUGUUUGUGAACUUCACGAUAAACUCUCUGUAUUGUGGAGUUUCAUUAAAAGUCAUUUGAAACAGAAAACUAUAAUUUUCUUCUCCACUUGUAAGCAAGUUAAAUAUUUCUUUGAAAUAUUCUGCAAACUCAGACCUGGUACUAGUUUAAUGGCACUUUAUGGUACAUUACAUCAACUAAGAAGAAUGAAAAUUUACGAAGAUUUCUGUAAAAAGCAAUCAGCUGUGCUCUUUGCUACUGAUUUAGCCGCCAGAGGUCUGGAUUUUCCUGCAGUUCACUGGGUUGUCCAAGCAGACUGUCCGGAAGAUGUUGAAACCUACAUUCACAGAGUGGGGAGAACGGCUAGAUAUCACAGAGGGGGUGAAAGCUUACUCCUUCUAAUGCCCAGUGAAAUAAAAAUGGUGGAAUAUUUGGAAGAGAAAAAACUACCCGUAGAAAAAAUAGAGAUUAAUCCAAUGAAACUACAGAGUCCGGUAAAGAAAAUUCAAAUAUUUCUUUCUAACAAUACGACUCUAAGAGAUACGGCUAAAAGAGCGUUCAGUAAUUACGCAAAAGCUGUCUAUUUUAUGAAACAGAAGGAUGUGUUUAACGUGGAUGCUUUGGAUUUCAAGUCGUUUGCUGAAAGUUUGGGCUUGGUUGCACCACCGAGAAUAAGGUUUUUAGAUAGGAUGCACAAAAGAGAACAGACUCAAAAUGAUUCCGCACUAGACACUGUCAAUAACAAAUUGUACUUUAAAGAUAGCGACGACGAGGAAGAAGAAGAUAUAUCUGAAGAUAAUAAAACCUCAAAACCCAGUAAUAAAUCGAAGAAUAAAAUAAAAUCGGCUAAUUUCAAUCACAGCGAUAGUGACAGUGAUGAUAAUUUUAUGACAGGCGUUAGCAGUCGCGAUCACGAGCUAGGUCCAGCCUUAAUUGAGCCCGAAAAUGCGCUACAGGCAACACUGGAGUUACCGUCAAUUAAACACAACAAACCUGUUACAAAAGCCGACAUAGUGAAGCAUAUAAGAAGAAAGAAGCUCGUAGUAAAUAAGAAAAUCGUUUUUGGAGAAGAUGGGGCGCCUGUGGAUAAUGACAGCGCAAACUUAGAGCUGGCAAAUCAAAACGAAGAAUGUUGUGGAAUAGAUAUUGAGAAAUCUAAGUUGGCUAUUAGGGAAGCGGAUAAGGUUGAUAAAAAGAAAUUCCAGGAAAAAUUGAAAGCCAAACAUAAAGAGCAAAAGAGGAAACUGAAAGAAGAGAAAAUGAGAGAUAUGGAACAGUCAGAUAGGGAUGAGUUUGGAGAAAGCGAUGAUGAAGGUCCAGACGUGUCUUGGCUCCCUGAUCCUGACAAAAUAUACAGAGAAAAACAUAAUUCUGAAGAUGAGGAAACUGUUAAAAGUGAUGAGAAGAUUGAAGAAAUAAAGAAGGAGCAAGUGAAAAAGACAAAGAAAAGGAAGAAGCAAAAAGAUCCAGAUAAAGAUGAAAAAGUCAAAAGUAACAAAAAACGGAAAAUUGAAAAAUUAAGUGCCAAUCUGGAUGUUGAUGAAACUGAAGAGUUGGCAUUGAUGUUCCUGAAGGGCGGAAAAUAAAUUAGAUUGUUAUAAUAUAUUUUUUCUAAUGUAAAGAAUUUAUUGUUUUAUAUAGAAUUUAUAUACCAACAUGUAUGUAAUAUUAUAAUAGGAUAA